AUGGUCAAACCAACACAGCUUAUGUGGGCGAUCUUCACGAACGCCGUCGCCGUCGCAGAACCUAGCAAUCCACACAACCGCUUUGGCAAUGGGCAACAUCUUCGUUCAUUCUCUUCCUACAUCGUCGAGGCCGAAACGACUGUGUGCCCUGGAAAGGUACCGGAAGGCCAAGAAGCUGGCGCGCUCAUAUACGCCGGGUUGCAAGACGUCGAUCAGCCAGUGGUUGUCCAAGCAGGUGCUCACAACGACGGUCAAGGAUGCGGUGGUAACCAUGGACAGUGGUGUGCCCUCACAGGCGCCAACUGGGGAUUUUUGUUGGAUGAAAAGCAGCAAGCAACCAGUGGUUUCCGCAUGACACCUGGUCCGNNGUCAUCAAGAUGCAACAAGUAUGAUGACGAAAAGGACCAGCUCAACUUGACCGUCUCCUCAGAAGACAAACCGAAUGUAUCGGUGCUUCCAACUCUGUCGCUCCAAACCGGAAGGCCCACCAUCUGGCAGAUNGAGGAAACAGCCUUGAUAGACUUCAAAGGCGAGGUGUAUGAGCACUCUUUCGUCAACACAACUGUUGUCCUGGCCGCUCCUGAUUCCGAAUUUACGAAGGGUCCUCCGCGAGAUCAAGGCGUGUCUGGUGAAUGGUUCACAUCCGACGAUAAGACGUUCACAACUCCCAAGCUCACCGUCGCCAAGUUCGACUACCAUGAGUAG